ACGUCGUUGCGAUGCGACGCCAAUUCGACGUCACUGGGAAGCCGGGCUGCCCGGAGGAGCUCAGUGGGAGUGGUGCGGCUCUGCUGCAGGGCAUCCUGGAAACCCGAGCUGCAGCAUACUCGGUCUGCAAGCUAAUAUUUUAAAAAUGACCACACCAAACAAGACCCCUCCUGGUGCUGACCCUAAGCAGUUGGAAAGGACUGGCACAGUACGGGAAAUUGGGUCACAAGCUGUUUGGUCACUCUCAUCUUGCAAACCAGGAUUUGGAGUGGAUCAAUUACGAGAUGACAAUCUAGAAACUUAUUGGCAAUCAGAUGGCUCCCAGCCUCAUUUAGUGAACAUCCAAUUCAGAAGAAAAACAACAGUGAAGACAUUAUGUAUUUAUGCGGAUUACAAAUCUGAUGAAAGCUAUACUCCAAGCAAGAUCUCAGUCAGAGUAGGAAAUAAUUUCCAUAACCUUCAAGAAAUUCGGGGUCCCAUUUUCCCGAUGGACCUUCACGCUGCUGGAGUUAUAGAGGCACUGGUCCCCGCUAAAGCCAGACAGAAGAGGGGAGAAAACAGUAAGGUAGUCAAGGAGAAGUGGACUGUCACAAUCUUGGAGGGGGAGAGUCAGCAACUUGAAUUGGUGGAACCAAGUGGCUGGAUUCAUGUUCCCUUAACAGAUAACCAUAAGAAGCCAACUCGCACAUUCAUGAUACAGAUUGCUGUUCUAGCCAAUCACCAAAAUGGAAGAGACACCCACAUGAGACAAAUUAAAAUAUAUACACCAGUGGAAGAGAGCUCCAUUGGUAAAUUUCCUAGAUGUACAACUAUUGAUUUCAUGAUGUAUCGUUCAAUAAGGUGACCUGGAAACAGAAGUCAUUAAACAUAUCUUUGUUUUCUCUGUUGUUUUCAGCCCUACUAGGGGAAAUAAUAGGCCUCUGAACAACCAAAUGAGAAAUUAGAGUGGUAAUAUCUCGAAUUGCUGAAUGGAAGUGUAGAGGAGAAGAGAAUUGACUUCCUGUCCAGGAAAUUAGAGGUAAAGCUAAAUAGACAUUGUGAAGGAGGUGGAAUUUCGGAAAGAAAGACUAUUGAAAUAUCAGCUGGUUAUUCACUUUUCAUGCCUUUUCUUGAAUCCAGACUAUCAUUGUUUAUAUCUAAGUAACAACAGUUAAUUUGAAACAGGUGAUUUGUAUGUUUGGUAUCAAGUGAUGUUUGGUACAUUUACUCUUGUUUAAAAGGUUCCAACAAUUAAAACAUGGACAACUCUUGAAAAUUUUAGACAUAAUGCCUUCUGUUCUUCUAGCCAUUAUGACUACUAAUUUAGUACAGAUUAAUACACUACAGCAUAAAUUUAAUGAGUAUAAAUUUUUUUGACUUACCCAGGCGAGGUGGCUCAUUUGGUUAGAGCGUUGUCCCUACCAAAAGGUGGUGGGUUUGAUCCCAGUCAGGGCUCAUAUAGCAGGUAACAGAUCAAUGUCUCUCUCUCUCUCAAAUCAAGAAAAUCAUAUCUUCAGGUGAGGAUUAAAAACAACAACAAAUAAAAUUUUAUGACUCAAAUACAAAUAUUUGAUGUUUCUAGUGUUUUAGAAAAUUGUUACUAUAUAAACUUCUUAAUAAAAUGGCUUAUGUAUUAUUUUUUAUUGAA